UUGAAUGAAGGUUAUGCUACAAUGUUUGAAACUAUAAACGUUUUUAAAAGUUAAAUGAAAAAUCACAGCUAAUAUUAUGUUAAAGUUACCAAUUCAUUAUUUAAAGAAAUUGCCAAAAUCCAGUCUAAGAAAUUAUUGUGCAGAACUAGGUGUUCAACAUAAUAUUUUCAACAGGUUCAAAAAAGAUGACUACACAAAUAUUACAGACAGAGUGAUGUACCAUAUGAACAAAAAUCUUCAUUUAAAAAACAAUCACCCUUUGAGUAUAGUACGACAGAGGAUAGUAAAUUACUUUAAUAAAACAUUUGUGAUUAGGAAUAACCCUGUCUUUUCAGUAUAUGAUCAGCUGCCUCCAAUAGUUACAGUUGAUCAAAAUUUUGACUCAUUGUUAGUUCCAACAAAUCACCCCUCCCGUAAUAAAAGUGAUUGUUAUUACAUCAACCGAAAUUAUCUUUUAAGAGCCCAUAUGACAGCCCAUCAAAUGGAUAUUUUAAAAACUGGUUUAAAUAAUUUCUUGAUUAUCGGAGAUGUGUAUAGGAGGGAUGAAAUAGAUAAAACCCACUAUCCUGUAUUCCAUCAAAUUGAUGCAGUAAGAUUAAAAGACAGUAAAGAUUUUUUUCCAGACAAUGAUCAUUUCCAAAUUUUUGAAGCAUCUGAUGAUGCAGAAAGCAUUCGUGGACAAGAGAAACAGCCUUGCCACACAAUAGAAGCUGUGAAAAUAAUGGAAGAAGAAUUAAAAAGUACUCUGGAAGGACUAGCAAAGUCUUUAUUUGGAGAAAAAAUAGAGUUUCAGUGGGUAGAUACUCAUUUCCCUUUUACACAACCAUCAUGGGAGCUAGAGAUAUUGCAUAAUGGUCAAUGGUUAGAGACUCUAGGUUGUGGAAUUAUGAAACAAUCAAUCCUUACAAGUGCUGGGGUAACUGAUAAAAUUGGCUGGGCCUUUGGUCUAGGUUUAGAACGUAUUUCCAUGUGUCUUUACAAAAUACCCGAUAUUAGAUUAUUUUGGUCUAAAGACAGCGGCUUUUUGAAUCAGUUUGAUUUGGAUAAUAUUAACAGCAACAUAACUUAUAAGGCAGUAAGUCAAUUUCCCCAAUGUAAAAAUGAUAUCAGCUUUUGGUUACCAGAAUCCAAAGAAUUUUCCUCCAAUGAUUUUUAUGAUUUGGUACGAAAUGUGGGAGGUGAUUUAAUUGAGCAAGUCAAAUUAGUAGAUAAAUUUGUUCACCCGAAAUCAAAAAAAGUUAGUCACUGCUAUCGCAUCAUCUAUAGACAUAUGGAGAAAACUUUAACCCAGAAAGAAGUGAACAUUGUGCAUAAAGAAAUUGAAAAAAAUAUUAGGAAUCAGUUAGGAGUGACAAUUAGAUGAUGUUCAGUGUAGAAUGUUUUAUAUGAAAAGUGUAUUUGAUCACCAAAAUUUUUGUGUAUUUGGAAUAAAUUUGAAAUAAUUGUGUUAAUCAAUUAAUUAAUUCAUAAGUUCAUAAACUUAUUAAAAUAUGUUUGACUAAAACUUGCU